AUGACAACCGCUACUACGACAGUAAAUGUAACAGAGAGUGAGCGACCAAUGACAACCGCUACUACAACAGUAAAUGUAACAGAGAGUGAGCGACCAAUGACAACCGCUACUACAACAGUAAAUGUAACAGAGAGUGAGCGACCAAUGACAACCGCUACUACAACAAUAAAUGUAACAGAGAGUGAGCGACCAAUGACAACCGCUACUACAACAGUAAAUGUAACAGAGAGUGAGCGACCAAUGACAACCGCUACUACAGCAGUAAAUGAAACAGAGAGUGAGCGACCAAUGACCACCACUACUACGAGUACUACCUCUAUUACAACAGAAAAUGUAACAGAGAGCGAUUUAGCUAAUACAACCUCUUCUACAACAAUAAAUGAAACUGAGCGCGAGCUACCAAAGAUUGAAACCGCUACUACGACAAAGGAUGUAAAAGACAGCGAGAUACCAAUGACAACCGCUACUACGAAACAUAAUGAAGCAGAGAGCGAGCGACCAAUGACAACCGCUACUACGACAGUAAAUGUAAAAGAGAGUGAGCAUCCAAAGACAACCGCUACUACAACAAUAAAUGUCACAGAGAGUAAGCGACCAAUGACCACCGCUACUACAACAGUAAAUGUAACAGAGAGCGAGCGACCAAUGACAACCGCUACUACGACAGUAAAUGUAUCAGAGAGUGAGCGACCAAUGACCACCGCUACUACAACAGUAAAUGUAACAGAGAGCGAGCGACCAAUGACAACCGCUACUACGACAGUAAAUGUAACAGAGAGUGAGCGACCAAUGACCACCGCUACUACAACAAUAAAUGUAACAGAGAGCGAGCGACCAAUGACAACCGCUACUACAACAAUAAAUGUAACAGAGAGUGAGCGACCAAUGACAACCGCUACUACAACAGUAAAUGUAACCGAGAGUGAGCGACCAAUGACAACCACUACUACGAGUACUACCUCUAGUACAACAGAAAAUGUAACAGAGAGCGAUUUAGCUAAUACAACCUCUUCUACAACAAUAAAUAAAACUAAGCGCGAGCUACCAAAGAUUGAAACCGCUACUACGACAAAGGAUGUAAAAGACAGCGAGGUACCAAUGACAACCACUACUACGAAACAUAGUGAAGCAGAGAGCGAGCGACCAAUGACAACCGCUACCACGACAGUAAAUGUAAAAGAGAGUGAGCGACCAAUGACAACCGCUACUACAACAGUAAAUGUAACAGAGAGUGAGCGACCGAUGACAACCGCUGCUACAACAAUAAAUGUAACAGAGAGUGAGCGACCAAUGACAACCGCUACUAGAAUAGUAAAUAUAACAGCGAGUGAGCGACCAAUGACAACCGCUACUACGACAGUAAAUGUAACAGAGAGUGAGCGAACAAUGACAACCGCUACUACAACAAUAAAUGUAACAGAGAGUGAGCGACCAAUGGCAACCGGUACUACAACAGUAAAUGUAACAGAGAGUGAGCGACCAAUGACCACCGCUACUACAACAUUAAAUGCUACAGAGAAUCAGCGACCAAUGACAACCGCUACUACAGCAGUAAAUGUAACAGAGAGCGAGCGACCAAUGACAACCUCUUACAACAGUAAAUGUAACAGAGAGUGA